AUGGAUAUGUCUCCGACUGAUGUUGCCAGAGCCAUUAAUUUAAUCCAGGAUGGACGGUCACAGUAUUACGUGGCAAGUGUUUUAAACGUCACAAGAAGUAAAGUACAAAGGGCAACAUCAGUCGGAGACAUUUUUAAAAGUAAGAAGACACCUCAAAAGAGUCAGUCUAAAGCCUCUUACUUGGCUUCUAGACGGGAUAGGGAGAGAAUUGUUCAUGAUUCUGAAACUGGAGUGUAUAAAAGGACAAUGUCUCCAAAUGGACAUGCCAUAUCUCCUGAAGUUAUCAUUGAACAGCAGAGAGUUAAUAGUAGGGAAACUAUAUGGCCUCUGAAUAGAUCCAACAAAGAUAUUGUUAAAAAUAACAAUAACACCAAUAUAUUCCGAAGAAUAUCUAUGAACGAAAAACAGAAAACCAAUUUGAUCAAAGAUAAAUCGGAUGAAAAAAUCAUCAAGAAACCUUUGGCCUUACCGGACGUACUUCCUGUCAACGUUAAAAUGUUAGGACCCAGACCACAACAUCAACAAUACAACCGACCAACUCAUCUCAGCUUAUCUCCUUUGGAUGACUCCAAGAAAGCCCCCAAAACACCUCCAUCGUCCCCUCCAAAAAGUCCCCCAAGAGGCUCGCCUUUCACCCCCUUAAGAACCACACAUUUAUCCAACGUACCUCCAAUCACCUCCCCCAUAACGUCAACCCCGCAAAGAAUAAGCUCCCCAGGAUCUCCGAAAAGAACCUCCCCUCACAUCAAACCAUCCCUAUCGCCCAGCUCCCCCAUGAAAAUCUCCCCCAUCCGCAACUCCCCCACAUCCCCAAUGAUAACUCCCCCAUCGUCCCCCAAAACAGCCCCGUCGCCCCCCCUAUCCCCCGUCAAGAAGGACGAGUGUCCCAAGGUGGUCGAGGGGCUGCAGAUGAUUCAGAGGACAGAGGUCACUCUGAGAGUGAACACCUCCACGACUGAUGCCUCCUCCCAAACGGAGAAGGAGGAGUUACCUCCCACCCCCCUGCCGACGAGGAAGAAGCUGCAGGAGGAGAUCGAAUGCGAGAAGUUGUCAGAGGACUUCGUGAAUCAUUUACCCACAUCAGAUAGACUGAAAGAUAUAUUGGCAUUAUUUAAUCAAUUUAGUUCGAAGAUUAAUUUGCAAACAAAAAGACCUCCUUUCAUUAAGCAGUUUUUCAUCAUGGAUUUUUUAACAGUGGAAGAAAAAAUAGAAAUGAUUUUGAUUUAUGGAGAAGCAGGCAGGAAUCUUGAUGAUUCUGUUAAUAUCUACGCUCAGCGUUUUCCGGAUAAAAUUCGAUCACGCCCAGACCACAAAAAACCAACGGACUACGUAUACGGAUUGUUCCGUGUGGAUGUGACGUCACGACCAAGGCCAGCCAAUUCGCCAUUUAGAAGUAGGAGCAAUACUCCCAGCAGCAGUCCACCACCUUUGCUUGUUACUAUUCCCAAUACGACUAGUACCAGUACUAGUACAUCCAAACUAAGUUUAUCACCGACGAUUCAAUCAUCAAUACCAAGCUUGGAACCAACAAGCCCACUAUCAGGCAACUCGAUCUACUUCACUACGUCUGAACCAAAAGCAAAGUUUUUGACCAGGUUUAGUCAGGAUAUGAACCAAUGCCACAUCGUGAAAGAUACCAAAGAUCUAAGUCAAAAGAAGGAGGAAUUAGUAAACCGUCUGGACAAAAAACUGGAAGUUCUCAGAGGUGAACAACUGGAGGUUUUGGAGGAAUGCAAAAUCAACGAGGAAUUGGGGGAAAAUGUGGAAUCACACAUCAAUAGACUAGCAAGACCCCAUGAGACUGCAAAAUUCAGACUCCACAUUGAGGAAGUGGGAAAAAUAACAAGUCUACUUUUGGGGUUAUCUGGUAGACUAGCCAGAGCUGAAAACGCCUUGAUGGGAAUGGUGGAAGAACACCCAGAAAAGAGGAUCCUGGAAUCGAAACGCGACAAACUGCAAGACCAGCUUGAAGAAGCCAAGAAGUUGAAGGACUGCAUCGACCGCAGGAGUGUCAGUGUUUCGAACAUCCUCUACAAAUACCUAAACUCGGAGGAAUACGCCGACUACGAUCACUUCAUCAACAUGAAAGCAAAAUUGAUAAUGGACUCGAAAGAGAUAUCGGACAAGAUUAAGUUGGGGGAAGAGCAACUGAUGGCUCUCAAAGAGACUCUCAUUGUAACCGACUGAAUCCAAGUGUUAGUUUUAGAGCAUGAAAGGGUUUUUGAUGGAGCUUUAAUUUUACAUUAAAAAAAUGGUUUAAAUUCGUAAAAUCAAUGUUUUUGGUUAUGGGAAUGUAUUUUGGAUCACCCUUUUAUGCUCUUCAAAGAGACUUCCUAUUGUUGACAAUCCAACAAAAAUUUAAAUUUUGAAUUAAAAAAACACACGUCGCUUAUGUUUUAUUUCUUUCUCGAGUUAGAAUUGAACUCCAUGUAAUCUGCUUCUGGUACAAAAGUGUUAUACACUGUUUUUUUUUAUUUUAAAAUUUUAGAUUUUUGGCAGUAGGUGUUUUUUUCGUGUAGGUAUAUGCUUAUCAUCCGAGUUCUAUCGGAUGUGCCUAGUCCAUUGACAAUUCCUUUGCUUUCUUGGAUCUUUCCCGAUGAAAAAGCAUCGGGAUAUACAUUUUGUACAUUUAUAUGUUUUAUUUUUUAGUUUUAAUUAAAUAGUACUUAUUAGCGCGGUAUUUCAAACGUUUGUGAUGCUAUAGAACUAAUGUUUGAGAAUAUCAUGUUUUUACUUAAUGUAGGGUACACCUCGCAUGAUGUGGUAGUGUGUGGCCGCUUUAGCCAAUCCAUGGCCGCCUCUUACCGUUUUCAAAAACGGAUAAGACGGUGAGAUUUCUGAGCAGACUAGGCUGUUAUUUUUUGUGCAUUUCGUGUUUAAGUUAAUCUAUUUAUAAGUGCAAAUAUGGUGAAUUCCGUAAGGGGGUGACGAACACAAAUUAAUAAUUUAUUUAAAAGAUUUUUAUCAUUUUUUGACGCGUUCGUUACUUGUUUUGCGGAAUACCUGAAACAUCUUCCUACCAAGUAUUUAAUGUAUCUUAGAAUGUAUAGACCAACAAAAUUGUAUCUUUUUUAUUUGAAUUGUAAAUAUUGUGUGAAAAUGAAAUGAAAUCGAAUAUUAUGGUGCUCUGGAAAUUGUGCAAAACGUAUUUGCAUUGUGAUUUUAUUAGUGUUGAAACCAGUCGUAUAAUUGUAUUUUCUUAUAUAAUUUUAAUUUGUCAUAUAGAAAGAUGUUACUUACAUACCUUCAAAUUUAAAUAGACUAUUUUUGAGCUUUAC